ACUUUGCAGGAAAUGAUAGUUUUAUCUUAACUACUCAAAGAAUAGCAACCAGAAUGGAUUUGCUGAACAAACUACAGAAAUACCACAUUUUUCGACACGAUUACAAAGGAGCAGAUGUUGCUUAUAUUAAUACAAUUGAUCGCAUUGAGUAUUUCAGUGGUUUCAUGGGAAUAAAUUUAUUCAAUCGUGUUUUUAAGUUUUGCAACUUUACCUUCUUGUGGGGCGUCAGUACGUUGUUCAUUUAUAUUUAUCUGGUGUUAACCUCAACUUACUACUAUCGGAAUGACAUUGAAAAGGCUUUAUCGUGUGUGACAACCUUCGGAUUCUCAACACAGGGAGCAUCGAAAAUUUACUCUUUCAUCCUACGACGCAAAAAGGUCAUCGUUAUUCAUGAAAUGAAUCUGGAAUUUUUCAAAUUGGACAUCAUGCAAAACGAAACCGUUAAGAAAGCGUUCCAACCGAGUGUCCAAUUGAAUCAUAUCCUUCUGACGCUAACCAUAUAUGGAUAUAUCGGUCUUGUUGCGAUAAUUGCUUUGGCACCGGAGUUGUAUGGUUUGAUUAUAUCCAAGUACAUACUUCCCUUCGGUUUUGAGAUCAUCCAUUCGGACGCCGGUUUUGCGUAUGCUAUCAACAGUUGGUUUCAAGUCAAUUGCACUUACUAUGUUGCGUUUCUGACGACGGUCACCGAUGGAACAUUUAUCCUUUAUCUCCUUAAUGCCACUGGGCAAAUAGAUGCCAUCGUAGAGCUUCUUCACGAGCUGGACGACAUAAUGAUGGAGGAGCACGAGGAGCAGAAAAUCGACGAGCAAUUGCAAAAAAUCAUCACGAUUCACAAACAUCAUCAGCUGUACAUGAGAAAAGUGGAACAUUUAUUCAACUUGUACUUUCUGAUUUCGAUUGCCUCGCUUUGCUUCAACAUGUCAAUCUCGUUGGCCGCUUUCGUUCUGAUCGACUGGUAUCUUGGCGUUGUGGUGUUUUGUUUCGCUUCGUCGCAAAUAUUCUAUAUGUGUUUUCUUGGAUCUUAUUAUGAGACUAAGAGCGAGUUUCUCAUAACGGAAAUAGGUUCAUUCGAUUGGUACAAAUUGUCGGUGAAAAAUCAAAAAAUGGUUAAGUUUAUCCUCGCUACGUCUCAGUCUCCGAUACUGGUAACAGCUAUUAUGGAAAAUUUGAACGUUGCUGCUUAUUUGAAGAUUCAUAAAACUGUUUACUCCGGUAUUAUGCUGCUCUUGCGUGUAAAGGAUUGAAAUUGCGUAUUAUAUUUAUGAAUAUGAUGAAUCCUUCAUUUUUUUCAUGCAGAACCAUAAACGUCUACAGGUAUUUCUUAUAUGAUUUCAGAUAUUUUUGAAUAACUAGGUUUACCCUUCAAUCAUUCUGUCCAACUUAUAUAGGCAACAUAUAACACUCAACUUUAUUUUGAUCAGCACUACAAACUUACACGUUACUUUGUUGAAGAUAAAAGCUGCAAAGCUUAUGCGUCUAUUAGAAGUAAUCGGACUAAUUAAUCACAUAAAUACAUACACACUGAUGUUAUCACUCUUUAACUGUUUGACACAAUCACUUUUAAUACAUUUACAGCUGAAGGCAAACUCA